GCAAAGGAGCAACUGAGACCAGAGGGGCAGGGAGUGCAGCAGGCAAAGAGGAACCUACCAGGCACUAAAUCUCUGCACAUGGACUUGUUGGGACAGUCAGUAGGCAGCACCUGAGAGGCAGAGGAGCUCAUACCUGCAGACUUUUAUGUUUUGUGAUAGGAAGCAGUUUAUGCUUCAAGGAGAAAAGGAGAAGACUGUGCAUAGAUCAAUACUGGACCUCAUCCAUCUCCUCCUGAGCUCUAGUUCUUUCUGCAUCCCUGCGGACUCACGGCGUGCCAACAGACGCGCCGGUCUGACCUGCAUCUGUAGAUGAAAGCCCAACUUGUGCGGCUCGUGCAGCUUUUCCAGCUACCACACCAGUUUGCUGCAGCCUGGAUCCACUGCUCAGUGUGAGAGACAGCGGGAGAGAGCGAGGGAAAAAGAGAAGAUUGCCAUCCAUCUCCAGCCCCCACGGCCCACCCUCAGCUUCGGACGCCCCUCCUCUCUGCCUCUUCUUUUGCCCCCUGUACCCCCCGCCACCACCACCACCACCACCACACCCCCACCCCCUCCAACACCUCACCCCCCAACAGAGCAGAAAGCGUGAAAAAUCUCACUAAUGGGUUUAUUUGCUGUCAGAUCUGCACCGAUCUGUCAUUCCCUUGGACCACUCUGCUUGACACAUUUCAUAGUUGAGUAAGCCUCCUGGCUUUCUGGCUAGACUUAACAGUGCCCCUGCAACGUUGUGCUGGCUGAGAGCUCAUCAACACAGGAGCAACGGCGGCAGCAGUCGGUCUGACAGUCUCGUGGACAGGGAGUCCCUGAAGCUGCAUUCCUCCAGUCUCCCUCUCUCCCCGACUUUGUGAGCCUUGUGGGCAUCCUCAGCUUCUGUUAACCACACGACUGGUCCUCUCCCAGAAGAUUUGGGUUGCUUCUGCAGGGAUUCUGGUGCUGAUCGAACGAGUGUGAAGAUGUGGUGUGGGGCUGGGCCUCUGGCCGUGGUGGCUGCAGUGUUUUGGACUCAGUGUGUCCUUCUGGAUGGGGUGGAUGCCAAGAAGGAGAGAAAGAGGCCAAAGGAGGCCACUCCACAACACACUGAGACGUACAAUGCAACUCUGUCCAACAGUGAAGAGGUCGGUGGAAGCAUCAAGAUUUCUGAUCACCAGAGGGUGGAUCCACUGGGGUCAUGGAUGGAUUUUGUUAAAAGACCAGUUGGAAACUUCCCUGGAAAGUGUCGCAAACGCAAACGGCCCCUGCCAGGCCCACCUGGUCCUCCUGGUCCUCCUGGUCCCCAGGGACCUCCUGGCUCUCCUGGGGCUGAAGUGACCCAAGAGGUUCUUCUCCAGGAGUUCAAAGAGAUGAUUAAAGAGGCUACAGAGAGGAGAGCAGCAGCACUCGACAGACAAACCAGCCCCAGCCAGUUACCUACAGCCCUCCUCACCCUGGAGGGGAUGACCUCCUACCGCCGAAUAGAAGAGGCUUUCCACUGCAAGCUCAAGGGACCUGUGGUGGUGGACAAGAAGACUCUGGUGGAGCUCCAGAACUUUCAGACACCACCGGCUAAAGGAGCAUUCCUCAGAGGGUCAGGAAUGGACCAGUCUACAGGGAGGUUCACAGCUCCCAUCACUGGGAUCUACCAGUUCUCCGCUAACGUCCACAUUGAUCACAAUGAGGUGAAGAGGAGCAAGAGUCAGCUGAAGGCCAGAGACAAUGUUCGGGUGUUGAUCUGCAUCGAGUCCCUCUGUCACAGAUACACUUCACUGGAGAUGAUUGUUGGAUUAGAAAGUAACAGCAAGAUAUUCACCGUCAGUGUGCAGGGCCUGCUGGAGCUACAGGCUGGGCAGUACACCUCCAUAUUUGUGGAUAACGCAGCUGGUGCUUCCAUUACAAUACAGAAUGGUUCAGAUUUCAUGGGCAUGCUACUUGGUGUAUAGCCUUACAUGUUAGCAGGGCAUCUUCCCAGCCGUCCACUGCUGCCAUUUUGUUUCGUUUAAUGGACUGCUCAUGAGCACCAUAACACAGGACCAAAUCACAGGGGAGUUUUGAAGGAAUGAAGUAAGGCUAACACUGGCUUGGCUGCUUGUCAGAUGGUGAAAGGACAAUGUGAAGGACUCAAGGACUGAGUUUGUUUUUCACAGUGCACUGCCACUUCCCCCAGGAACUUGGAUGCAUGUUGCUUCACCAAUAAAAUAACCUGAAAAUAAAACAGAUGAAUAUGUUUGUUACAGUAUAUUUUUCAUGGUUGUUGGAAGACCUUGCAGUAAACCAAGCAGUUUUUUUUAAUGUUCUCUGUAGUUUUUGGAAAAGCUAGGGAACAAGAAAUAGUACAUUUGUGCAUUUAAUGUAUAUUGACAUAUUGUUUUUGUUUAUUCUAUCUGUUGUGUAAACACUCUCGAACUAUUAUUUUUUUUGGAUUAAAAUUCACUUUUAUAUAUGUUA